AUGCGGAUCCUCCUUACCGGCUCUUCAGGUGUGGUAGGCACCUACGUCCUUACCUACUUGUUGGAACAAGGUCACACCAUAUUUGCGGUGGAUAGAAUACCUUUAUCCCAAUCUACCCUCGACACCUUAUCAGCCCAGUAUCCCAAGUUGAAUGAUAUACUAGAUGUACAUACAGUAGAUCUAACAUCUAUAGAACAAGUGAAAAAACUUUUCUCACAAUAUUCGAAUGGUACGAUCGAAGGUCUAAUCCACCUUGCUGCUAUACCCCAUCCUGAAUCUCAUGACCCUCGUUUCGUGCAUAAUACCAAUACGACCAUAUCCUACAACGUCUUGUAUACCGCUGCUGAAUAUGGAACUCAAAGAUUGGUCCAAGCUAGUUCAGUGAAUUAUACGGGUUUGGCAUAUACUACUAAAGGUAGACAGAGGUUUGAGAGGUUGCCUAUAACGGAGGAAGAACCUAGUCACGCGGAAGAUCCAUAUGCUUUAUCGAAACAAAUAUGUGAGAUUCAGGCCGACUCCCUCUGUCACUUAUUCCCUACCAUCUCAAUCGCCUCAUUACGAUUCCACCAUAUCCUCCCGACCCUAUCCGAAGCGGAAGGAUGGUCACGCCAAGAAGAAUUCUGGACAUGGACUUCAUCUCUCUCUGCUUCGCAAGCUUGCCUGUUGGGGUUGACCACACCACUGGAAGGGAAGUGGAAAGGACAUGAGGCAUUUAAUAUAGUUGCUAGCGAUAUAGCAUGGACAGAUCCUGUUGUGAGCAGUUUGGAUUUGUUGGAGAAGAGCGAAUGGAGUGAGGAUGGACGGAUUGGACAAGUGGAUAAGACCUGGUGGGUCGGGGAUGAUAGGAGGAGGAAAGGUUUCUGGGAUUGUACGAAAGCUGAGAGGUUGUUGGGCUGGGUACAUACUCCUUAA